AAGUGACGUAUUGGCCGCCGGAGGUGUCGUUGGUCUGUUGCGCGGCUAGACCUGAGUGGACUGGGGCCUGCACCCGGGAAUAUAGCGCAAUGUCGAUCGAAAUCGAAUCCUCGGAUGUGAUCCGUCUGAUCAUGCAGUACCUGAAGGAGAACAGUUUACACCGGGCGUUAGCCACCUUACAGGAGGAGACUACUGUGUCUCUGAACACCGUGGACAGCAUCGAGAGUUUUGUGGCUGACAUUAAUAGUGGCCACUGGGACACUGUUUUACAGGCUAUACAGUCUCUGAAAUUGCCUGACAAAACCCUCAUUGACCUCUAUGAACAGGUGGUUCUGGAAUUGAUAGAACUCCGAGAAUUGGGGGCGGCCAGAUCACUUCUGAGACAGACCGACCCUAUGAUCAUGUUAAAGCAGACGCAGCCAGAGCGGUAUAUUCAUCUGGAGAACCUCUUAGCCAGGUCUUAUUUUGACCCUCGUGAGGCAUACCCAGAUGGAAGUAGCAAAGAGAAGAGAAGAGCAGCAAUUGCCCAGGCCUUAGCUGGGGAAGUCAGCGUGGUGCCUCCAUCUCGUCUCAUGGCAUUGUUGGGACAGGCACUGAAGUGGCAGCAGCACCAGGGGUUGCUUCCUCCUGGCAUGACCAUAGAUUUGUUCCGAGGCAAAGCAGCUGUCAAAGAUGUGGAAGAAGAAAAGUUUCCUACACAGCUGAGUAGGCAUAUUAAGUUUGGUCAGAAAUCACAUGUGGAGUGUGCUCGAUUUUCUCCAGAUGGUCAGUAUCUGGUCACUGGGUCUGUUGACGGAUUCAUUGAAGUAUGGAACUUUACAACUGGAAAAAUCAGGAAGGAUCUUAAGUACCAGGCUCAGGAUAACUUUAUGAUGAUGGAUGAUGCUGUCCUCUGCAUGUGCUUCAGCAGAGAUACAGAAAUGUUAGCAACUGGGGCCCAAGAUGGAAAAAUCAAGGUAUGGAAAAUUCAGAGUGGACAGUGUUUGAGGAGAUUUGAAAGGGCACACAGUAAAGGUGUCACCUGUCUGAGCUUUUCUAAGGAUAGCAGUCAGAUCCUUAGUGCCUCUUUUGACCAGACAAUUAGAAUUCAUGGUUUAAAAUCGGGGAAAACCCUGAAGGAAUUUCGUGGCCAUUCUUCCUUUGUUAACGAAGCAACAUUUACACAGGAUGGGCAUUAUAUUAUCAGUGCAUCCUCUGAUGGCACUGUAAAGAUCUGGAAUAUGAAAACCACAGAAUGUUCAAAUACUUUCAAAUCUCUGGGCAGCACUGCAGGGACAGAUAUCACUGUCAACAGCGUGAUCCUGCUCCCCAAAAACCCGGAGCACUUCGUGGUGUGCAACAGGUCGAACACGGUGGUCAUCAUGAACAUGCAGGGUCAGAUUGUCAGAAGCUUCAGCUCUGGUAAGAGAGAAGGUGGUGACUUUGUCUGCUGCGCCCUCUCCCCCCGUGGUGAAUGGAUCUACUGUGUGGGUGAGGACUUUGUGCUCUACUGUUUCAGCACAGUCACUGGCAAACUGGAGAGAACUUUGACAGUUCACGAGAAGGAUGUGAUUGGUAUUGCACAUCAUCCUCAUCAGAACCUGAUUGCAACCUACAGUGAAGACGGACUCCUCAAACUCUGGAAACCCUAAUUUGACUUUUUUUUUUUAAUUAGCUUGAGAGCAUGUACUUAAAUGAAGACACAUUCAUGUGUUGCUUUUUUCGGGAAGGGGGCUUUUCUGAGUUACUUGUCUGAAUUAGGCACAAGAAUAAUUUUGUGAAAAUUCAUGUUUAAGUAACAGUUACCCUUUUUAAUAUAUUUUUAAGGUAUUCAUUUGUUUCUGAUUGAGGUAGUCACUUAAUGUUUUCAAUAAUCUUUGACCUGGAAAGUAGAAUAACUGCUAUUUCUAGAAAAAAGUAAUCCUUUGAUUAUUGAAAUGUGCCUCCUUGCAGUAAACUUGUAAAUAAGGGACUAUUCUGUAUUCAAUAGCUGUUCCUUUUUUUUUUCAGAUUGUAAUAAACUUUACAACUUUC